AACGUUAUUCUUAAUUUUCAUUGGAUGGUUCAUGAGCAUGUGAGGCUCCAGCACUUAAAAACCUAAAACCAAGGGAGCGGUUCACAAUGCACUUAAUAAGCCACCUAUAAAUGGGUAACAUUGCCCUUUAAAUAAGCCAUCCAAUAACACCGGAGUGCGUCCGCCGCCUCGGCUUGGCUGACAGCACUGUGAACAAGUGACGGAUAUUUAGGGGGAUGCUACCCGGUGCUGUCGAGGUACCCGUCGGAUAACAAGAGAGGACGAUGAUACGAACAUGAUCAGCGCCGAUGGCUUCACAAAAUGCGAGGCGACUCUGCAAGACGGAGGCAGGAGGAGGCCACCCGCAGAGAUGCUCCAUCUGUUGUCAGCCGUUAUUGUUUGGCUGGUGACAGGGACCACCAUCUCCAGCCUCAACAAAUGGAUAUUUGCCGUGUACAACUUCAGGUACCCUCUGUUGCUGUCAGCGCUGCACAUGCUGACAGCCAUAGUGGUGGACUAUGGGCUGAUCAAACUGCGGGUGAUCCGGCAGAGAGGGGCUGGAGAGCAGGACCUGACCCCCAGUGCGAAAUGUAAGGUGUUCCUGUUGAGUCUGACAUUUUGUGCCAGUAUCGCCUUUGGGAAUAUGGGUCUGAACUAUGUCCAGCUGUCGUUUGCACAAAUGAUCUAUACCACCACCCCACUCUUUACACUGGCGAUAUCCACGCUGAUCCUGGGCAAGCAGCAUCACAUCCUCAAAUACACAGCCAUGAUGCCCAUCUGCCUGGGAGCCUCUUUCAGCAUCAUGGGAGAGGUCCAGUUCGAUCAGACCGGCUGCUUCUUUGUGUUUGCGGCAACCAUGUUGAGGGGCGUCAAGUCCAUUCAGCAGAGCAUCUUACUUCAGGAGGAGAAAAUCAACUCUGUGUUCCUGCUCUACCUAAUGUCCAUUCCUAGUUUCUGCAUAUUGGCUGUGGCAGCUCUGGCGUUAGAAAACUGGGCUAUGCUGGAGUCGCCGCUGCAUUAUGACCGCCACCUGUGGGUCUUCAUCUUGCUGAGCUGCCUGGGCUCAGUCAUGUACAACUUGGCCAGCUGCUGCGUCAUCACUCUCACCUCUGCCGUCACUCUGCAUAUACUUGGCAACCUGAGCGUCGUCGGGAACCUGCUGUUGUCUCAGCUGCUUUUCGGCAGCGAGCUGUCUGCCCUCAGCUGCGCCGGCGCCGUUCUGACCUUGUCUGGCAUGCUUAUCUAUCAGAACUCAGAAUUUAUCGUCAGCUACCUGGACGCACGCAAGGCCAAAGCGAAAGAGUCUGGACAGGUGGAUUUUCACACUGCAAGCGGAGAGGCCUUGGACAAAGAAAUAUAUCAACAGGAAGACAAGAUAGACUGAACUGACAGGAUGAAGGAGAGAAUAAAAUAGUAAGGGAUAAAAUGGUCGAGUGUGAGAUCUCUACCCUUUAUGUGGUCAAGAGCAGCAGAGGGAGUGUGACCUUAUAAGGCCAUCGUCACUGAUGUGAUAGAUCAGCCUUUUUUUCUAACUUCCUCACUGUGCCGGUUCGUUUCUCAAACAGUAGUUGAGUCUGCUGAGAGGAAAGGGUUGCUUUUAUUUAUCAUAACGAUGGUUUAAAUUCUCUCCUUCAUCUGUAAAUCCCUCAUAUAUAGCCUAUAGCGGUAUAUGCAUGCAUGAGCACACUAAACUGUUUGAUACCUCAUGAGGUAUUCACACUGUCACUCAUACUACUUCACUGUGAAAUCGUUCUCAUUUACAGAGGGCUCUGAUCGAGGUUUUGGGUAGCUGUCGUGGAUAUUGUAGGCCACAGAAAGGCAUGUGUGACAUGCGGGGGCGGGGCAUAAAGGGCACGCCACCUCGGAUCUUAACAGGCACAAUUUAUAUUAAAAAUAUAUAUUAAUAGUACUGUUACCUGACAUUCACCUGGCCCUGUCAUGGUAAGGGACUGGGUUUUUGGCAGCUAUUUUUUUUUUUUUUUGUAUAUGAAGCAAGAAGCUUCUUAAAUGAGGACGCUAAAAUUUUUGUUUGGAGGUAAAAAAUUCCAGUGAUCGACAAAGCCAACAUUUCAGUGCAUUGAGACGCCUCUGUUCCUCUACUGAAGCACAUUUUAAAUAAGAGGCCUGAGCUCCGUGUUUUAUUCAUCCCCCUAUGAACCUUAAUGUGGCUUCCCACUUAAGGCCCAGAUUUUGUUCUCAUACCAGCUUGAAAAGAUGGUCUCUGUAGAGUUAGUCUAAUUAUUUCCAACUUUUCCAACAGUGCCGCUCAUUGCGGCAUUCCUUGAUAAUUAGCUUCACAAGUUCUCUAAGGAGUGUCACUCAACUUUAGCUGUCUUUUCCCUGUGGUGCAGAUGAGGGGAAAAAAUUGAGCUGUCCUUUUAAGGCUGUUACUUAAAUCCUAAUACAUGUCAUCUAGUUAAUUGGUUGGUUUAGUUUUUCCCCUUUUUGUGGGUGACUUUUUUUCUUUGAGACUAAGUUACCGACACAUCUUGGAGAGCUGACCUCUGCUGGACAGUCUUAUAUUUUCACUCAGUAUUAAAAACCGUUUUACUGACAUGAUUUAACUUUGUGACAAAACAUAUUUCAUUUCCAUUUUUUAAUAUGUAUGUAAAAGAAGAAGACGAUAUUUAUUUUUGAAUGGCCGUAGCCAUUGCUGGCUUUGUAAUGCUAUAGAUUUGGUCCUCAUGUGUUUUGCACAUGCAAACAUGAAAUAUUAGAUGGCACCAGUCUUUCCCCUCUCUUUAGGGAAAAGUCAGGCUGGGCAGAAGACUGCAUGCUGCUGCUCCUGAAAUAUCUUUUUUGUAAUGCCUAUUACUCUACUCUCCCUCCUACAUGAUAUGCCAAAUGUUGACUUUGAAAGCUUUUUUAGCCACAUUAUGUUCUUAUAUUGGUUCUGUCAGUGCCAGACACACACAGUUUGAGUUCUCUCAAACCAACAAACAAAGCCAUACAUAGAUUUUAUGUUAAAAUAUUUUUAUUUAACAUAUCACUGAUAAAGUUUCAAGGGUGCCAUCCAUAAAAUUACAUUGUCCCCGAGCGUCACAUCAUAGGAAUCUCAUAUGUCCCCAGUCAACUGAAAACAAACUGUUUUAUUUUCGCAGUUUGAUAAAUUGCUUUGUUGGUUUAAUACUUCAGAAUAAUAAAUGGUGUUGUCGGCGAUCUUCAGUUACAGGGUUAAAUUCUGUGUACAGCUGAUCAUUUCACUGGUUUUACAUUAUGGAAUACCUCACCUUAUAGAGAACUUGAUAUGCUGUUGGGUUCAUUGAUAUUUGACUGAAAUCAAGCAGCUUUUCAACAGCUACAAUAAAACUGCAGCAUUAGAAUGAUAGAUUUUAUUGUGGUCAGUAGAGAAGUGUGAUCACAGAUGUCAUCAUUUUAAAAUACAAGUUCCUGUUUGAUGUUUGGUGGGUUUGGCUGCUUGUUUUCAGUGAUAUGUUGAGUAGAUUAUGAGUGUGGGACAAAGCAGCUGUUGCACUGAUGAGGUACGAAGACACUGCCCUCAAGGCAUACGGUUUCUGUGUACAUACUGGUUUUGGUUGUUUGCAAAGCUAGUUUGGUGUAAAUAGUUAUUUUAUUAUAUUUAUGAAUUUUAUGGUCAUAAUAUGGCUGGUUUAAACUGUACAGGUUUAAGAAUGAAAUGUUUGCCUCAUGCCUUAUCACAUAAUGUUGACGAGAUAGGAGCGAUUCGAUUUGUCAUUUUGUCAAUAAUAUUUUGGCUAAUUCUCUCUGCCAACAGCAGCCACAGGUGCUUGUGUUUAGGGGAAAAGAUGUGGGAGACUCAAACACACAUGAUCUGUAACUGCCUGAAAAAGAUGGACUGGUACAAUAAACAAUAAUGAAACAACCACCUCA